GUUUCAUUCAUCUUUCCAGCUUUCUUUUCUUUUUUCCUUUGUACUAAAGUGAGAAAACAAAAAUACUUAGAAAAUAAAGAAGAGAAAAAAUCUGAGAGAAACAGAAGAAACAUUAAAAAAAAAAAUGAGACCAUUGAGCAUUAAACCAACAUCGUUAGAUGUAGCUAGACAUGCUACAUCAGUAGAAUCAUUCGGGAAUCACCGACCGCCAAUAUCGCCGUGGCACUCUCCGGUACCGUAUCUAUUCGGUGGUCUUGCGGCAAUGUUAGGCCUCAUAGCCUUUGCUUUACUUAUCCUCGCUUGUUCCUACUGGCGCUUAUCCACCUCCGGUGAUGACUCCGGCGAAGGCAACGGCGGAGGAGUUGACGAGGAGAAAGAGAGUCGGUCUGGAGUGAAGGCGGCGAGUGCGGCGUACGAGGAGAAGAUUCUUGUCAUAAUGGCCGGAGAUGAUUUGCCGAGGUUUUUGGCCACGCCGGCGGCGAACAAAUGCAUGUGUGGUCACGAGGGUAAAAUGGUAAUUUCGAAGGAGGAGAAAAUGGGAGACAGAGAGAAAGCUAAAGAAAAUGAAGAAACAACGAGUCAGUGAGCUUUUUUGUUUUCUUUUCUUCUCUCAGUGUUUGUCUUUUUUUGUUUGGGAAUUUUCUUGGGAGAUUUUCCUUUGUGUUUUUCCCGGGAAUGUAAAUUUUACUGAGAGAAAAUUUUGGUUACGAUUAAUGAAUGUUUGCUUGUAAU